CAUCACACACUGUGAUGUCCUGGUCCUGUCACGCAGCUUCUUGCACUGUGGACACUAGACAGGGACAUUACCUGGACACUACCGACGCUGCACAUUAAAGACUCUACAAACGUCCAACAAAAUGAGCUCCGAGCCUGUGGUCAUCGUCUCUGCCGCGCGGACACCUAUUGGGUCCCUGAAUGGCUCCCUCUCCAGUGUGCCUGUCCAUGAGCUGGGGGCAGUGGUCAUGAAGGACGUGCUAAAGAAGGCAGGAGUCCAACCAGGGGACGUCUCUGAGGUCAUCAUGGGACAUGUCCUCACAGCAGGUAGCGGUCAGAACCCAACGCGGCAGGCCAGUGUGGGGGCUGGGAUCCCCUAUGCGGUUCCGGCCUGGAGCUGUCAGAUGGUUUGUGGCUCUGGGCUCAAAGCCGUGUGUCUGGGAGCUCAGUCCAUCCAGGCGGGGGAGGCCUCUGUGGUGGUGGCCGGUGGGAUGGAGAGCAUGAGCAGGGCCCCCCACACAGUGCAGAUGCGAGCUGGAGUGAAGAUGGGAGACUCGUCGCUGCAAGACUCCAUGGUGGCGGACGGUUUGACAGACGCGUUCCACAACUACCACAUGGGAAUAACAGCGGAGAAUGUGGCGAAACAGUGGGGCGUGACUAAAGAGGAGCAGGAUAAGUUUGCAGUGCAGUCUCAGAACAGGACGGAGGCUGCGCAGAAGGCCGGACACUUUGAUCCUGAGAUAGUCCCCGUGCUAGUCCCAUCCCGGAAAGGUCCAGUGGAGGUGAAGGUGGAUGAGUUCCCUCGACAUGGCAGUAACAUGGAGACUAUGUCCAAACUCAGACCCUGUUUUAUCAAAGACAGCACUGGGACUGUCACCGCCGGCAACGCUUCAGGUAUAAAUGACGGAGCAGCAGCAGUGGUCCUGAUGAGCCAGUCAGAGGCACAGACCCGAGGACUCAAACCUUUGGCCCGGGUGGUGUCUUGGGCUCAGGCCGGACUGGACCCUUCCGUCAUGGGGACAGGGCCGAUACCUGCCAUCAGAAAGGCCGUGGAGAAGGCGGGCUGGCAGCUGGAGCAGGUCGACCUGUUUGAGAUCAAUGAGGCGUUUGCUGCUCAGUCCAUCGCUGUGGUCAAAGAGCUUGGCUUAAAUGUGGAUAAGGUGAAUGUGAGCGGCGGGGCCAUCUCCCUGGGGCACCCUAUUGGCAUGUCAGGGUGCAGGGUGCUGGUGACCCUGCUCCACGCCCUCCACAGGACCGGAGGGAAGAGGGGCGUGGCUUCACUCUGCAUCGGAGGAGGGAUGGGCAUCGCCAUGUGUGUACAAACCGUCUAAUAUGUCAAAGCUCUACUGACAUCUGCACUUAAGAUGCGGGAAUAUGGAAAUUACUGAGAAUUUUGUUUACAAAAAUGAGGGAUAAUUUUGUUUACUGCCGCUUCACUGUGUAAUUGUCGGGAAUAAUGUGAUUUAACUCAGGUUUAUGCUCAAUGUGACUUAUGGUAAAAGAAAAUUUGAUUCAGUUACCAUGGGUCAUACCUGGACGACUGAGGGAUUACACAGACAGCAGUGUGGCUUAGUCAACCUAGUGUCUAAUAAAACGCUGCCCUAUGUAACUUUUCUACAGAGGUGGGUAGUCGCCAAAAAUUGUACUUGAGUAACAGUAACUUUACUUCAAAAUAAUAUUACUCAAGUUGAAGUACAAAGUAGUGGUACAAGAAAUGAUUGAAGUACGAGUAAAAGAAAGUAUUUGAGAAAACUACUGCUCAAGUAACUGGAGUAACUUAAAGAGUAACUGUCUGGAGGUAAGAUCGGAUUUAUAAUUUGAAAUGAUUGUAUUUGAAAGGACAAAACAUUAAAUAAUGGAUAGACAUAAAAGGAUAGACAUAGAAAUGAGACAAACUACCGCUAAAUCAUAUUGUCAACAUAAAGCUUUUGUCAUGCUACUAGAAAAGUUCUUCUUCAAAAAGGCGGUCAAAGGAGUCUGGGCUUGUAUUUUUACCUUUACCUGAAAUAUUCCACAGUAAGACAUUAACUUUAUCUAUCUUGCAUUUAUUCAAUUGCAGAUGUUUCACUGUUUACAAAAAGGAAAAAAUUAAGUCAAGUUGAUAGUUGGAUAUGGCCACAGAGAGUAAACUGAAAAGAAUUUAAAUUGUCGUCCUAGUUUAAUUUAAAUACUCGAUGUCUGUAAUUGUGACUAGAACCUUUGAACGGGUUGCCAGAUUGAAAGAAUGUGACGUCCUUUUUCUUAGAUAGGAGCAGGAGCCAGUAUUCACAUUACACGGUUUUCAUUGAUUUGGUUAAUUUUUAGUAUUAGUGGUACUAAACUGUCUAUGGUGUUUUAAUAGUGCCAUCUACUGUUCCUUGUCAUUUUUGGCAAUUUUAGUGUAAACUAGGUAAAUUUGCAGCUUUGAUUCAAAAUGCCUAAAUCUAAGUUUGUGCUGCCUUCAGUGGCCUCUGUAAUGUCAAGUAGUUGGUGACAUCACACAAGACUGCCCCGAUUACAACCAGGCAUUUCUGAUUACAAACACCUCGCUACAGGAGCAGAGUUUUAAGUGUGGAUACCUGUUAGACCAAUUACACGUUGUCUUAUAUGUCCGGACUCCGCUCCUCCUCCCCCCUCAAAUCCUCCAGGUACUGCCCAGUUUAGCGGCUCUAUUUGAAAUGUCAUUGUGGGCGGAGUUUAGAUGUUUAGUUCCACUUUAAAUGGGUCUUGCUCUUAGGCCUAUGCAAUGCUGUCAUCUGUAGCCAAGCAGUUAGUGUAUUUAUGACUAACCUUUGAUGCAUUUAAACAUUCCUUUUGUUUCUCAAUAUGUACAGACGGACUCCAAGUGCCACAUGUGAAAGAAAUCUUGUAUUUUUCUUACUAACCUCAAAUCAUGUACAAUAAAUUAAACUACA